UUGAUCAGCUUUACGAUUUGGGAAUUUAGUGUAUGGGAUUUAUGCUACAGUCCAAAUGGACACCACUUAGUGGUCGCUGGCGGAAAUUCAGUUCAUGUCCACCGGGCCGAGUGUGGCACAUUAAUAAAAGCUCUUAAAGGCCAUAAAGAUGUCGUUGUCUGUGUUGACUAUAGUUUUGAUGGCUCUUUUUUUGCCAGCGGUUCAUUAGAUAGAUGUGUAAUAGUGUGGAAAGCAGCGACAUUUGAAGGAUUCUUGAAAUACACUCAUAACGAGAGCAUUCAGGCUCUGAGUUUCAACCCGAAGGUUUCCCUACUUGCUAGCAGCGCUGUUGGGGAUAUUGGAUUUUGGGCACCAGAUCAGAAAUCUGUUACCAAAACAAAAGUACCAUAUAGAGCAUUAACAUUAUCUUGGACAUCAGAUGGAAAUCUAUUGGCCGUUGGAUUGCAGAACGGGUCAAUCUCGGUCCGUAAACAGGAUGGAACGGAAGUCACCACUAUCAAUCGGAAUACAAGUCAAAUGAUAUGGGAUCUGAAGUGGAACUUUCUUCGGUUCGUAUACACUCAACUUUAUAAUUAUAACAUGAAAUUUUAG